AAGCUUCCUUAGGUAGAAUACAAUAAUUCACUCGAACUUAUGUGCCCCCAAAAUAGAUAGGGGAAGGGACCAUUUCUCCUUCUCGAGCCAAAAAAUGAAAUUACGAACAUCAUCGGAUGCACUGCACUGCAUGCACCCAUCAAGACCCACAGACAGGUCGGUCACAAUACGAUGACAAGCUCUUCGACUGCUUUGCUUUCGCACUCCGUCGUUCUCCCUUCCGGCGCGCCGACCGAGGCUCCCGCUCUCGACUGCAUGCAAAGUGACUUUCCUUCCUCGAGCUACCGUCUGUCUUACAGAUAGCAUAUGGAAGGAGACAGCACAGACAAUCUCUCUCUUCUAUCUGUUCGUCAGUGCUUUCCCAAAAUCUUUUUGGCCUCUUCUGUUUCUCCUCUUCAAUUCAUUCAUGAGCUUUUCCAUGCAAUCGGAAACUUUUUAGCAGCAUCUUUCAGCAUCUCCCUUGUACAGUAGCGUUUCGGCUUUGCGUGGAGUGCUGUAUAAAGCUGUAGCCUUUAGGUUAGGAGAGACUAGAGAGAGAGAGAGAGAGAGAGAGAGAGAGGGGAAGAAUCGAAGAAGACAGAUGAAAGGUGCCCCAUUCUUUCAGCCCUCUCCCUCAGUUGUCGCUUUUCAUCUCAGGCUUUUUUUCGGUAUUAUUAUCAGGGUUUGCUCUUGCUCUUGCAUCUCGGCAGGGUGACCGGAGUCGCUUUUGACUGCGAAUUCCUGCGAUAGGGUACGGAUUAUCCGCCUGAUCGCUCCACAUCAGUUCUACUUUCAUGGAUUGACGAGAUGAGUGAGUGAUCAACGGUGAAAAUGCUGAUCUGAUCUGACUCUUUCAGUGCUGUAAUCGUGUUAACAAUGUACGGACACUCGCGAUCUUAUCAUGGGUUUAAUGGCUGAUGGAGAGAGAGUGAGAGAUGAUAUGUACUUGAACUGGUUUUAUAUGAUGGAUGGAGUAAAUGCAAUUGCUUCCGGAGGUCGAGGAAGAUCUUACGGACAUUAAUGUAUGUGGCGGGAGUACUGAGUGGACUGCUUGAAGUUCAGGUGGUUGUUGAUGGGGUUGGACGAGAUGAAUGAUUCAGUCUGUGAGAGUGAAACGGCCUCUUGUACGGCCAUCACUGAGAAGCGGCAGGAACACAGAACUGGAGGCUGCACCGGCAUCCUCUUCCGCCUCUUCGACUGGAACCGAAGGUUCGCCAAGAAGAAGCUCUUCUCCCGGAAGCUGCUCACUCCUGCAGCCUAUCAAGCAAAACAGGCCGCAAAGAAGUUCAAAGGAGAUGAGAAGAUGCCCAUGGGCAAGCUCCAACUGAUAGCUGACGAGAAUAAAGGAGGCUUCCCCAAAUUGAAGAAGAACUCAAAGGGUACUGAACUAGUACAGAAGCAAGAAAUGCGAGCCCCUUGCUUGGUUGCGAGGUUGAUGGGUCUCGAGUUCAUGCCGGCCGUGCAUCGGGAUAAAAACAAAAAACCAUCACUGGGUGUACCUCGCAAUGAUCGGAGACAUGAAUCUGUGGUCGUGGAUACCAGUGAGGAGGGUGAAAGAGAAGGUUUGCAUUUGGAAAAGGGGCAGCUAAAGCAUGAAAACAGACCUCAGAAGCUUCAGAAGACAGGGCUGUCCAAUAGGCAAGCUCUGACUCGAUUUGCACAUGAAGGAAUGCAAUUUAAGGGUGUCCUAUCGAGAAACAGGAAGCAUCAUCAUUCCAAGCUUGCAGCACCAGUGAAGAGUCCAAGGGUGUCUUCUGCGAGGAAUGUCUCUAGGGUAUCUCGUUCUCGGCUAAUUGAUGCUGCCACCAAGAUACUAGAACCAGGAUUGGUGGCUAAAAAUAAAUACAGACACUCCCUCGGCUUUCCCAGCGACGCAACUUGUUCCGCCCCAGACAAGGUCAUGCUAGUUGGAUCCCAAGUUUGCCCAGCAGACAGGGCUAACCAAUCUGAUUAUAAUACAGCUUCAGCUAAGCUCUUUGCUGGACACGCGGCUUGCAGGAACUGUGGCUAUCUGCUGGAAAAUGCAGACUUAAGACCAAAUGUAGCUGCGAGGUUAUCAGAAUGUGCUGCCUCUACCUCAGAUUUUGUUGAUGCUCCUAAUCAUUCAGGAGUGACUCAACAACGGCCAUCUCUGGGCCCUGGCGAGCAAGAGAAGAAAGUAUCUUGCAUGGCAAGUCAACAGAAUUCAGUGUCGUUAGCUGCACGACUGAGGAAUGAUACAAUGGAGCACAGAGUGUUGCUCCAGAAUGGAAUCUCAGUUUCGCAAAAUACUCAGGAACAUCGUGGACAAAGUGACAGUAAUCUACAUGACAAAUCGCCGUCCACUGCCUUGAAGAAUGGGACCAUGAAAGAGAGGUGGCUUUCAUCUGCAGAAGAGAGAAUGCCAACACUGGCAAAAGUCAGUAAUUUUCACAAGAAAAGAAUUGCAUCUGCUGCAGAUUAUGUUGAUGGGACAAAAGGUUUUGUUGGCAUCAAUAGUAGGCCAACUGGCCAGAUUGAUAGGAUGGUGUCAGCUGUACCGGAGACCUCCAAUGCUGAUGCUUAUGUCGCCAAAAUAGGGCGAGCCAACUCUUCAUCUCAGCUGAGGACCCCAGGGCAGAAGAGGAGAUUCAUAGAAGCGCAAUGCCUUGUUGAAAAUCCAAGCUUUGUCAGCUCCACAUCAAGGACUCAAAGGAAUCUAGAAGGCCCUCUAUUGACAGGGAAAGAGAAGGGUCUUGUGGUUCACUGCUAUAAUGAUGCCUUAAUCGAAAGAAGAUCACAAAACCGAGCAAAAAGUGUUCCAGUAAAUCGGAAGAACGUCAAUUGUGCUAUAUCUUUAGCAUCUAAUUCAUCCUCAACGCACAUGGGUGAAUUUUUCCGUAUCCCUAAUGCUGCGGAUUCAUUUUCCAAUUGCAGAUGUAUCUCAAGCAAUUUGAUUGAUCCUUCAGUACCCAGGGUGCACCAAGAUUUUGCAAACAAAACUUAUGAUCACCCACGACCUUUUGGAUCCGGAAAAUUGAACCAACGGGAAGGGCUUCACAGGAAUACAGUAACUAAUCUCUAUGCCCGUACAACCAAAGAUUUUUGCAAUUUUGGUGUUGCUAGGGCAUCAAGGUACAAGCUAAGCCAUGCCCAAAUGGUUGCCAAGGACGUCAAACUGCUCUUUCCAGAUGCGAAUUCAUUCAACACAUGCUGUGAGAUGGAUUUCGGAGUUAUCCGUCUUCUCCUUAACAAACUGGAGAGGAGUGCCAGUUCUUCUUUGUCGAGUAUUACUGCAUUCAUGGGUUCUGAUACUGAAAAUAGUCGAAAUCAGUUCAGGGAAUUUCUGCUGAACUGCUUGUUAGAAUGUCUGGACUCGAGGUUCUUUUGCCAUGAUAAAUGCAGCCCAUGGAAAAAACUGCCAUUAUCUAUGGAUUUGGAGACGUGGAUCCAAGAUGUCGAGGGUGAAAUCAGAAGCUGGGCUGGUCUAUCAAGCAUGAGCAUCGAUGAGAUAAUAGAAUGGGAGAUGGGUAAUUUCUCUGAGAAAUGGACAAAUUUCCGAAACGAGGCGCUGGAGAAUGGUAUUGCAAUUGAUGGCUACAUAUUUAAAAGUUUAAUGGAAGAACUUAUCGAAGACCUUCAUGGUGCAAGCAAGCUGAAAUAUUCCAUCUAGCUAGGUUUCAAAGUGACCCGAGUACUUUUUGUUGUUCCUUUUUUGUUGUUAAGGCCAACUUUAUUGUACAAAGAGACGGCUGCUUCUUCAAGCUGUAAAUUUAAGUUACAUCCAUUUGCCUUUGAGAAAUUUAAGUCGCUGCUCUUUUUAUCUUUU